UGCUUUAUGCUUCAGUAGAUUCUCCAACUAUGUUGCUAAAUGAUUUUUCAUUCUGAAAACCACAAUAAUUUAACCCUAGAUUAACAUAAACUUUACAGUAAAAAUAAAUGCAGAGAGAUUAAGAUGCUACAUACCUCAUUUGCAUUGUCUAUGAUCAUCUUCAACAACAAAACAUAGAUUGAAUUGAAGGCACAGAGAAAAGAGAAACCUAACCGUAACAAGUUUCCUCAAAGAAGAAUAUGAAGAUGAUCCCUCUUCAUACGCAUCUACUGAGAGAAGUCCCGUGGUAUCCCGUCGCCGUGGCCGCAACACGCGGCACGAUUUGAUCGACGGUAGGGUAUGAACAACCGUCGACGGCGUGGAACGAAAAAAAGAGAGGGAAAGAACUGUUGAGAGUAACUGAAAAGAGAUACAUUCAUUAUGAUGAGUGCGGGUCCUCACAGCCAAAACGUUCACCUCAAAUUUCAGCCGUUUGAUUCAUGCAACGGUUACGAUCCACUCAGAAGAGACUGAGGUUACACUUAAAUAUUUUAUGUAUUUUCCUUUCUUUUUUUCCCACGGCACUACUAUAAAAUGGUAUCUGGGGGAAGAUAUUUUUUGUUUUAUUUUAAUUAUUAAGGUUGUUGUAAUAUCUGAGAAGACAUAAUAAUAACAAGUUGGAAGCAGAAGCAUGAAUGUGGAAGAAGAGGUUGGACGCCUAAGGGAAGAAAUCAAGAGGCUUGGCAAGCUCCAAUCAGAUGGUUCUUACAAGGUUACAUUUGGAACACUGUUUCAUGAUGAUCAAUGCGCAAAUAUUUUCGAAGCACUUGUUGGGACACUAAGAGCAGCUAAAAAGAGAAAAGUAUUAACAUAUGAAGGUGAAUUGCUGCUGCAAGGAGUUCAUGACAAUGUGGAAAUCACUCUUAAUCCUACCCCUGCUGCUGCUGCCGCCAACUGAAACACCGUGUACUCCAAUCUAUAAAACGAGUGUGAAAGGGUAAAAAAAAUUCAUGAGUGCUAGUUUUAUGAACAUUGACUGAUGCUACUUUCUUCUAUUGAAUGUUAUUUAUUAUGGUGUGAA